AUGUCGCCUGAUCUCAAUCGACGCGGCGUCGGCCGCUCGUCGGAGCCUCGUCGCGGCGCCAUGAGGAAGCUUCCUCCGUUCCUCCUGCCGCUUCUUCUCUGCCUCAUUCUCUCAUCGUCGCAUCUCGCUCGCCUAGUCGUCGCACAGCAGUGCUCUGCGACCGUUCGCUGCGCCAACAAUCUCUGCUGCAGCAAGUGGGGCUGGUGCGGCUCCACCGUCGAUUACUGCGGCUCUGGCUGCCUAUCCGGCCCGUGCAGUGGAACCCCCUCCGCCUCCCCCCCUCCGCCUACCAGCUCCCCCCCUCCGCCCACGAGCUCUCCGCCUCCGCCAGCAACUACCGGUUCCCCUCCUGUGUCCACCAAUGGCCAGUGCGGCGCUCAAAACGGCAAUAGCAUCUGCCCUAACGGUCUCUGCUGCAGCAUCCACGGCUGGUGUGGCUCCACCCUCGACUACUGCGGCCCUGGCUGCCAGUCCCAGUGCUCGCUUUCCUCCUCCUCCCCCUCCCCUCCUCCCCCUUCUCCCUCAACGUCCCCCUCCCCGCCUCCCCCGUCCACGUCUCCCUCCCCACCUCCUCCUUCCACGUCCUCUCCCCCGCCCUCCUCGUCUGGGCUGAAGCGGAUGGCGUAUUUUGUCAACUGGGCGGGCAUGGACCCAUCCGUCAUUCCCGCUGCCAGCCUCACGCAUGUCUUCUACGCCUUUGCGCUCAUCGAUUCCUCUACUUAUCAGAUCAUCCCAUCCAAUCCUGCAGUGGACGUCACUCAGGGCCUCUAUCUGCGCUUCAACUCCGCCCUUAAGUCCGCCAACCCUGCCAUCAAGACGCUGCUCUCCAUCGGGGGCUAUUCCGCCGGCACCACCGUUUUCGUCAACGCCGCCUCCUCCGCCUCCUCGCGUUCCGCCUUCAUCCAGUCUGCGAUUCGUUUCGCCCGGUCGUACAAUUUCGACGGUCUGGAUAUCGACUGGGAGUACCCGACCGGGCAGAUCGCGCUUUUCUCUGCCCUGCUCACGGAUUUCCGGGCGGCGAUCGAGUCCGAAGCGGCAAGUUCGGGGAAGCCGAAGUUGCUUCUGACCGCAGCGGUUUCUGCCUACGAGCCGACUGUUACGCAGGCAUACGACGUUCCGACGCUUAACAAAGCACUGGACUUUGUAAAUAUAAUGACUUACGAUCUACAUGGGUCGUGGGAGGCAAAGACAGGCAUGCACACUGCUCUGGAGGAUUUGAGCAACCCGCAGCUGAGCCUCAAGGGUGCCAUGGCUGCCUGGGUGUUCUUCCACCAUUCCUUGCAUUUGCCCCCCUUCAUCUCCUUCGUCCCUUUCAUCCUGAUUUCUCCCACCACUGCGGCCGCCGCUGAGUCCUGA